AUGAAGCUCUACGAUGGCACAACCAACACGGAUGAUCAUAUAGUCUCGUACAAGCAGCGGAUGUUCACUGUCUCAAUACCCCAACUGUUGAGAGAAGCUUGCAUGUGCAAAAGUUUCAGCUUAAGCUUAUCCGGCCUAGCACUCCAAUGGUACACGAAUCUCCCGAACAGAUCCUUCGACUCAUUCGCUCAGCUCACCGACACCUUUGUGGAACAGUUUGCCAGCAGCAAGAAACUAGAGAAACUGUUGGCUAACCUAUAUAGAAUAUACCAGAAAAGGGGAGAGCCAUUGAGAGAGUAUGUCAGUGGGUUCAACAAAAAGAAGAUCUUCAUCGCAUCAUGUAACCCCGAGACAACUGUGGAUGCCUUCAGGAAAAGACUCCUCCCAGACGGAGAACUAUACAAAGAACUUACGAAGCUAGGUUGCACAACAAUGGAAGAUGCUCUGGCUCGAGCAGUGAUCCAAAUGAGAUAG